AUGCGGCGACAAUGCUCGUGUCCUCCAGUCAAAUGCGGAGGAUCAGACUUGUUGCCGUGUUCAUACAGAUAUGUUGAGAAAGAACAAAAACUCAAAGAAAUAAAAGAAAAAUUGGAACGUGACAUCGAGGAAAAGAUGAAAGAACAAGAGGCUGCAGUUGCAGAAAAGAAGGAAAAGCUUGAAAAAUGUAAAAAAGAAAACCCUGCUGGAAAAGGAAAUGGAAAAUCUCCUCACGAAAGAUGUGGAGAUGAAAGUGAUACAAACAAGCAGGUGGAAGAAGCAAUGAAAAAUGUUUAUGAGAAGUUGAAAAAAGCAAAGACUGAAGGAGAUUUAAAGACUGCUGCUCUUAAACAUGCCGAACUAACAGCUGUGGCUAAGUUUGUAGAAAAAGUUGAUAAAAUUUUGGAAUCUGAACAAGACACAGAAAAAGACAAAAUUAUAAUGAGCCCAUCCGACAAAGAAGAAAUGAGAAACAAACUAGUUGAAGAAAUGAAAAAUAGCGGCAUCGUACCAGUCGUUGAAAACAAAGCUGCAAUGGAUGCUGUGAAGCAUAUUGAGGUGCCGACCGAAACGUUGAAGAACAUUUUACAACGCAAAGUCGUUAAAGAUAUUACACAAAGACUUGUUGAACUUGACGAAAUUAUCGGAAAGAAAGUUUUAAAACAUGCGAAAUCAAGUGAGAAAAAAUGCUCAAUAUCGGAAUUAAAGUGCAGUCACGAUUGCAACAAACUGACCAAGAAAUGUAUUUGCUACGAGGGAAUGACUCUUGUUAACGGAAGACAAUGUGUAUUGAAGAAAAACAUUACAGAUGGAACGGAUGUCUCAAAGUUUCCUCAAGAAAUUUCUCUUUCUUUGAUGUUACGAAAGGAAAAUAAAGAAUAUCUUUCAGUAAUGAAGGAAAAUAUUCCAACAAAUAAAUCUGAGGAUGAGAAGAAUGUAGAAGAAUCAAUAGCAAGUUUAGAAAAGAAGGGAUUACCCUUGGAUGAUCUAAUUACUGCCCUCGUACAAAAAAAGAAACUUGAAGUGACGAAGGUUUAUGAAGCUGAUUCUGACGAUGGUGAAACCGAAGAUCAAACAUACAACAAAGAAUAUGAGGUAUUGAAAAGAGCAAAGGAAUAUCAAGAAGCUGAUUCUUUACAGAAAUUAUCAAUGAAACGUAAAACAUUUGAAAAUCUCAUUGAUACAAUGAAAAAAACCGACGAAGAUGCUGAUGAUAAAAUUAGUGAAAAUGUCGGAGACAUAUUGAAACAUAUUGCUGAUACAAAAAUUGAUACAAAAUUGAUAGAACUUUCUGAAUCACUCGAUAAAAGUAUAAUGACUGAUUCUGACAUCUCUACUAGUCUUAAGCUUUUGUCCAAGAUGGGAAAGAUGAGGGAUUUGGUUGAAGAUUCCUCUAAAGAAGUUGAGGCAUUGUUUGAUAUUGAAAAGGUUAUCAAAGUUGAGAAAAAAAAUACAGAACUAAAAGAAAUACUGGAGAAAGAUCUAAAGGACUUAUUCGAUAUGGAGAAUCUUAAUAAUGAAGACGAACUUACUAAUUUGGAUUCUUGUGUUUUGAUGGAAGAUAGUGAAAAAGACUUACAUAGAAAAGAUGAUGAUAAAGUUGUCUGUGAUCCAAAGAAGGAAACCAGUAAAGACAAGACCUUGAAGAAAGCUGAAGAACAACUAAGGAAUGAAUUCAAAAAUCAAUUUGAAAAAUUAACAAAUGGCAAUAAAACUGAUGGAAUAAAAUCACUGUUGAAAAGUCAAUUGCGUCUCAAAGCCGUGUCUGAUAUUUUGAAGCGUACAGAUUUAAUUUUGGAUAUGACAAAAAAAGCUACAAAACCUAGCACUGAAGUACCCAGUAUUCCAGAACAUGUAGAAAAAGGUAUUGUGAAAAGAUAUAUAUUGAAUGAAAUGAAAGACAAUGAUGAAGAAGUGGAUUCGGAAGAGCAAGAAGAGAUAGCAAAGGAAUUAAUAAUAUCAAUGGAUACAUUGUCCAACAUGAUUCGCCGAAGAUCUGUCAACUCACAGGAGAAAACCCUUGCUGCUCUAAGAGAAAAAAUGAAAGAUAAAAUCAAGAAAAAUGCAAAAGCACAUAAAGGUAAUUGUAAGAUUACCGAAUUAAAAUGCUCCUCUGAUUGUGAUAAACUGAGAAGAAUAUGCAUUUGCAAUGGUGGAAUGAUUCUUGAUGCAGACAAUCGUACAUGUAUACCAGCAACCGAGCAAGAAAUUUUAUCCGCCAAAACUAAAGCUCCACAAGAUGUACUUUAUGCAGCUCUCUUACUCACUGAAGAAAGUAACAAAUUAACGACACUGAAACAAUCAAUUCCCAAAGCUUUGAGCAAAAUAGAAAAAAAAGCAGAAGAAAUGUUGGCUAUUGCUGCUAAAAAUGGUGCAAACCCUGACAAGGUCUUAUACUCACUAAUCAAACAAAAACUGAAGGAAGCUGCCGAAUAUUUUAUUGAUGAAGAAGAAGGAAAGCCAGAUGAAACUGGGAGUGGCAUGUCACCAGAACAUGAUGGAGAAAAUGAAAUAGUCGACGAUGAAGUAGUCAAGAAUGGAGAAGAAUUUUAUAAUGCAAUUUCAUUGAAGAAACUAAUAAAAAAUACAAAAGACCUCAACGAACUUGUGGAAGUUGUAUCGGAAUCUUCGGAAGAUGAGAAGGAUGACAAACUAGCUGCAAAAGUACUUGCCCACAUUGCCCGGUCCAAAGUGGAAAAUGAAGCUGAAAAACUAAGAUAUGAAAUGAAAAAGAAACCGAAUGAAACAAAAGUUACUGAUUUGACAAUGUUGACACAAAUUGCAUCCAUGAAUCAUUUCACUGCGCAAGUGAAGCAAGUGAUGAAAGAAAAAAUGAAUCCAUCUGAGGAAGAUAUUGAAAUCUUUGCUGAUAACCUCCUCAAAAAGAAGAAACGAGAAGAUAAAAUUAUGCGAGAGCUAGAAGAGCAGAAUCCAGUCAUAGAGGAUGAGACACCAUCUGACAAGGAUAAGACAGAUAAGCUUGAUGAAAUUGAGCGGGAAAAUAAUGAUGAAGAAUUGUCUGAAAUUGAAAGGAAAAUGGAUGAGAUUGCACAGAAAAACAAAGAGAAGAAAAUGAAGCUGGCCGCAUGUGUGAAAUCACCAGAAGAUAGAGAUUGUGUUGAUAUUGACUUAGCAAGACCUGAAGAAGAUUUUGAAAUUGACGACAUCAUGACUGAAGUCUUCAAAAACAUGAAAGAAAAAAUGAAAAAAGAAGAAGGUGCAGAAAAGAGUGAGAACUUGAUUGAUCAAAUAAGUAAAUUGCUCGCUGUGAAAGAUGAAGUAGAGACACUUGAAGAAAUCAUAAAUGAUCAAGCUCAGCAGAAAGAUGAUAUGGAACAACCUACAAAAGAAGAAGUAGAAAAAAUAAAAAUGUCAUUGAAGAAAAUUGCGAAAUCAAUUGCUGAUAGUUUACCUGAACAACCAGUUCAAGCUGACGAAAAAAUUGAAGAUAUUGUUGAGGGUUUGGAAAAUCUUCCAACUUCAACUUUAGAAAAUAUUGUGAAACGUCACUUAUCAGGCAAUAUUCAGAAUCAGCUGAAAAAAUUAAAGAAAACUUUGCAAGAUAAAUUUAUCAACCAUGCCAAAGGAAAAGAACAAAGAUGCGAGUAUAAUGCUGAUGGUAAAAUGAAAUGUGCAUGUUUAGAAGGAUAUGGACAGAUGGAAAAGAAUCAUAUGGAGUCAUGUCAUCUUCUGAAAGAAAUACCAUCUGAAAUAACCGAUUCACUCAGAGAGUUGCCUUUUGCAAUGAGUAUACUAACUUACUCCAAAUUGAAGAAAAAGUCGGAUGAUAUGAAGAAAAUUGUACCAGAAGAUAUAUCAGAAGAAGAAUAUGAAGUUGAAAGAAAUAUGCUAAUGAAUGCAGUCUCCAAUGAAGAGGCGGCAAAAGUCCUCCAAUUUGCAUUGAGUGAAAGAUUGAAGAAAACUGCAGAUGUUUUAGAAGCUGAACUUGAACCACAAACUGAAAAUAAUGUUGGGGUUGAACAAAGUGCUGAUGAAUUUUUACAAAUUCUUUCUCUUUUGAAUCGCAUUGAUGAAGACAGUUCAAUUGAAAAGAUGGUAGAAGUGAUUCAGAAAGAACCUGAUGCUAAAGCCAGCUUGGAACAAGUGAUAACAUUGAAAAAGAUAAAAAUCAGCAAAGCAAUAGAAAAGCUGAAUGAACUCGAUGAAAUUGAAGGAAGUGGUGAUAGCAAACCCAAAGGUCUUCAUCAUGUGCUUUCGGUACUUAAACUGACAAAACGAGUCAAGGAUUUGAAAGAAGAAACUGAAAUCUUGGAAGAAACUUCUCCAGAUACAGAUACACCAAUAUCUGAUGAUAAUGAAGAUGAAAAAUCAACUGAUUUACCAGAUGAUAACGAAGAUAAAGAUGAAAAAUCUUCUUCCAAUGAAGAAACUAAGGAUGAAUGCAAUCACAAAGCUUUAAAUGAUUCUUGUGAAGGACUGAGUGGCAUGCAGCUUACUAUGAUGAGAGACUGGAUCAAAUCAUACAAAGUUUGGAUAAAGAUCUACAACGAGAAAUAUUAUGAAGGACAACAUUACUCUUGUGAAUGUGACUCAACAUUGGCACAUAAAUACGAUGAAUUUGACUGGGUUUUCAAACAAAGAAAGAGCAAUAAACGUGCUUUGAAGCCUGGAGAAAAGACAGAUGAAUGUGUUGGAACAAAAGAACAGAAACAGAGAUUGAUGAAAUGGAUGGCCGAAUAUGAAAAAUGGCGAAAUAAUGCGAUGGAAACAUGGAAUGUCAGAAAACCACAGGAAGAGCCUAAGAAAGAUAAAGAUGAAAACUGCAGUCAUUGGAAAAAAUAUGCAGAUAGUUUGAAAGAAACCAAAAAGUAUUCUUCGAAGGACAAAACCAAUGAAGGUGAAAAGAAAUGCAGUGCAAAUGUUUCUCCAGAACUCAAGAUGAUGAAAGUGGUAGUGAAGGAAACAAUGAAGCGUUAUAUUCAAUAUCUUGAUGAUAAUGAUGAUGAAGCAAUAUGUCAAUAAAGAAUAAAGAAUAUAACUACUUACCUACGGACUACGGUAUACGACUGUGAACUGUAUUACGACUAAGAAUUUAUCAAAAGCAUGAAAUGAAUGAGCAAAGAUGAGACGUAGAUCCUCCCUUGAACAUUUCACCGUCUUUCUGUUUAUUGUUCAUUUUAUGCUUUUUUAUUUUACUAUUUUAUUUUCUGUUGAUUCGUCCUGCACUGUAACCAAUCAAACGCAUAAAUAUAUAAGCCAUCGCAACAACAUCGAACACCAGUUGUGCGAAUGAGCUAAAAACUA